AUGUCAAAUACUGGAGUCCAAGAAUGGAUGGUCGCUCCCUCACUCAAAGAUGACCGGAAUUCAGCAGAACAGGACAUUGUUACCAAAGUAGCAGAGUCGUGUGAUGCUGGGUCCAUCGACUUCCCUACACUCAUUAAAGACCUUGAGCCGUAUGUGGGAACGGAACAAGAAGACCUCGUCGUUGUGGGUCGAGGGAUGGCACUGCUGCCACUCAUACUAGACCACAUGAAGGCGGAGCCACGAACAAGACAAGAUGUUCAACUUCUCGUUACCUACCUGUGUUUACGUCUCAAAAAUGAGUCCGAAGUCUCAAAUUUCCGCUACGGACUCGAUCAGAUUGCAGAUUGUCUUUUGAUAUUGACAAAAUGGAAAAAGUUCGUACCCAGCGACUCAGUAGUGGUUGCAAAAUCGAUAUUCUCCCUCGCUGCAGGCAAAAUAAACACCUUUAUCGAUCUUACCCCUUCUACUCGGCUGAAAUUUUACAAGAUAAUCUGGGUUCUUGUUGAAAACUAUGAGCGACCACUCCUUCGUGAUAUGGGUGGAGACUCCUUCGUUGGUGGUCUCGUGGAGCUUAGCGAAUUGGAGAAGUCUGCUAUAUGUUUGAAGGAUUUAUUUGCAUUGUACUCCAAAAUAGGCAAAGCCUGGAGCCUGACGCCCGAUGGAUAUACACAACUCUGGGAUUGCUUCAUUCGAUACUUCCCUAUAACACUUGGUGCCAGCCAGAAAGACGAUCAGCCUAAACCAGAAGAGCUGAAAGAUCUGUUAAGACAAUGUUUUACGGCCAACGACUUUUUCGGCAAAGCUGCAUUCGAGACUCUUCUCGGCAACAUUGAUGCUGAUCAGGGAGCUAAUAAGAAGAAAGAAAUCUUACUGACACUUGAUGCUUGUGUGAGCACUUAUUCUAUCAAGACACUGCUUGAGUGGUCGUCAAAGAUUUGGGACACUAUCAAAUUCGAGAUAUGGAACGGCGAAAAUGAUGAGUUCAUUGCCGACGCAUUACAUAUCCUCAAUGGUCUAUUCUCAACGCUGAGCAGAUCGGACUGGUCUUGGGAUGAAAGCACAAAGUUCUCGAGUUUCAUCGACGGCGUCGUGAAAGAAAUAUUUGAUCGUCUAUCAGACAUGCAGCGGUAUGUUGCUGGAAGUGCUCGUAUGCUACUAGCAAUUGGCUCCUCGUCAUCUCUGGCGCUCCGUCUUGUUAUGAAGCAAACACUCCCUGGAAUUAUCAGCAUGGCGCAGGAUGAUCAUGCAAAAGUAUCAAAGAAGUCGCUUUUCAGUGUAUUCAAUGCGAUUCUACAAGCACGAGUUGACCUUGCCGAAGAAGCGCGAACCUAUGAAAACUCUUAUCAAGAGGGGAGCCCUGAGUUCCACCAAACCCCUCAAUCACGAGCUCAGGACGAACAUAACCUGGUGCAAGACAUGAUACGGUUCCGAGAACCACUGAGCGACUUGUACCUCGGAGCUAUAUCAGAAGUAAAGAGCGAUGCUGAUACGGAUUCUGCUCUAGCCACUGCAGUGGUCCAGGGGCUAGUGCUACUCAUCCGCGUACCAAAUCUCUUCGAGGAAGAAAAGAGGUCUAUCUUACAGAUACUCAAUCAGAGUACACUGGACGAUUCAACCUCAGCAGACCUACAAUCGACGACCUUGUCUGCAAUUCGCGAAAUUGCAACCUUUGACCCAUUAGGAUUUCAAGAAACUACCCUACCUCAAUUUAUCAAACGGUUACCAGAAGAAAUCAUCGGAGAAGACCAAUCAGAUGUACCUAAGCCAGAAAGUGAGCUUGCCAUGAGGUACUUAGAAAAUCUCGGACUCAUAGGCUGCACUUCUUUGAAAAACCACGAUGAGCUUCAGAGCGCGCUGAUCAAAAAGUUUGACCAGACUCGGGCGCGAAAAGGUCAAUUGACCUAUCUCAACAUCCUGAUUGCAGCUGCACGUCGUGCUUUAGGUCUGUUUGAUUCCUCUCUCCCUACAAGCCCUUGCGAUGCUCGGAUUUCGAAUCCUCUAGACGAAAGACGUGGACCUUAUGCACAUAUCGUAUUUCCUUUUCUAGACCGCAUAAUUGGUGUAUCACAGCCAGCCAGUGGGAGUGGAUCUUAUAUCGGCCUUCAAAACAGUUUCGACGAUUCUCAGCCAUUCGAUGAUUUCACCGUUGAUAUGCUUGGACAGAUGAUCACCACAUCAAUGACUUCUGAAUUUUAUGAGCUGGAUCAGACUAGCUCGGAAAUGACCUACAAGAAGACCGAGAACAUCCUUCAAUCUUUUGAUAGAUCACAACCAGAGGGUACACCGUCAGCUUUACAAACGCUGUUUCGAAAUCAGGAGGACUUGGCCAUUGUUAAAGACUCUUUUGCUUCGCAGUUUGAUUUUGAUAAAUGGCCACUUGAUAGGGUUCGCGCUGCCUCCCUGACCACAGCGUUAUUGGCCGGGGUCAAUCCAAAAGAUAAAUCUCAAUUGCCUCUUGGGAUUCAUGUUGGUGACGUCGCCGCGGCCAUGAUUAAAGGCUCAAUCAGCCGCAACGAAAAAUUUAGCCAAUCUAGGCUUGCAAAGGUGUCCAUGCUAUCACUGUUACAAUUACUAGUUAACAAGUUUGGAGCCGCUAGCCAACAUCCGUCUACAGGUGAUAUCUCUGUCCUACAGAUCAUGCUUGAUCUAGUCGAUGGACAGGCUAGUGGGAAGAUAAACUACAUAUCCGAAGAAGUAGAAAACAUCUACCGAACUCUCGCGUAUUUCUCCGCAGCAAGCUUAGCCGCCUACUCAGCAGAAUCUGCUACGCAACUCGUCGAGCGCAUGCUAUCGGGCGUUACGCUGCCAAACUACGGUCAAAAAGUAGCUCAAAGCUUUCGACUACUUCUAGCACCAUCACCAAUAUUGAAUAAGCAACACUUCUGCACAAUCCGUCCUCUCCGUAAAGGCCGUCUAUUCGACAUGGCUGGCAAAAGACUUAUUGAGAUGUGGAGGAGUGAGUCCUCUCCAGAAACCAAAGCCAAUUGUCUCGUCGCACUCGCUGGAAUAGUAGCAUACAUCGAUGCUUCCACACUCGUCGAAAACAUCGACCUCGUAUUCCCCGCAUUUUUAGAAGGAACAAACAUUGUCUCAGACGAAUGGGCAAAAGCAACUUUCAUCCAGACCAUCCAUACCCUUGUGCCUCUGGCACCAAAGACAAUCGUGUCCCAUCUCGAUAGCAUCAUAAACCGCAUGACUUUACGGACCCGAUAUCCAAAAGACAAUUCGCCAAAGUGCAGAGUCAUGGCGUUGGAGGUGUUAAGAGCGCUAGUCGCACAUGUUGAUAAGGGAAAGCUGAUUGCUAGGAAAUUCUUGUUGAUUGCCGAGGUUGAUGUUGCGUUGAAUGAUCCUUCGAGAGAGGUUAGAUCGAAAGCUGCGGCUUGUAAGAUUGCUUGGUUUAAUCUUACUUGA